UCACUUCCCUCUUCUCGCCACGCUGGCGAAGCAGCAACAGGCAUGGCGCGAACGCCCAGUGGACUCUAGAAGUUUGGGCUUUGAGCCGCGUUUCACAACAGUUUGGUUUCUGCUCUCGUCGUCGUCGUCGUCGUCAUGGGGGAAUCGCACGCCGCCGAGGCCCCGGCGGCUCUCCGCAGGCGCGCGACUUUAGCGGCGGAGUUAGGAGCGAGUCUGCGGCCGACGGACGGGACGUCUGCGGCGGCCCUGCAGAGCUCGCUGGCCGCUGACGUCAGCAGGGGAAACGUCCCACCGGAGACGGUCCGCGCCAAGUCGAAGAGCGACAAACGCAAACGCAGGAGUGACGUUAGCGACCGGCUGAGUUGUCAUAAGACCCGGGAGUCCCUGCUGAGUUCCACCAGUGGUUACAAUAACUACCGAGGAAUCCUCAACUGGUGUGUGGUCAUGCUGGUGUUGAGUAACGCUCGCCUCUUCUUAGAAAACCUGUUACGGUAUGGUGUUUUGGUGGACCCUAUUCAGGUGAUUGCCUUGUUUCUGAAUGAUCCCUACAGAUGGCCAGCAGCAUGCCUGGUUAUUGUGUCCGUUGUGUUCGUUCUGGUUGCUCUCUACACAGAGAGGCAGCUGUCCAAGGGUUCAUUCACUGAAGUCGCUGGGUUUCUGGUCCACUGCAUUAACAUGGCAAUCAUGCUAACGCUGCCUGCUGCAGUGGUCCUAUCGGUCCCUUCCGUGACCCCAGUUGGGGGUGCGUUUGUCCUUGGGACGUACACCAUCCUCUCCCUAAAGCUUUACUCCUAUAAGGACGUCAACAUGUGGUGCAGAGAGCUGAGCAUGAUCAAAGCCAAAAAGUUGUCCAGGUCUCUCUCUUGUCCCUCAGCACAGCACUUCAACGAAGCCGGCCGUAAAGUCUGUUACCCUGGCAACCUCACCAUCAGAGACAUGUUCUACUUUGUCUUUGCUCCAACUCUGUGCUAUGAGCUCAACUUCCCCCGCUCUCCUAAUGUUCGCAUGAGUUUCCUGUUGAGGAGACUACUUGAGAUGCUUUUCUUCAUCCAGAUGUUGGUUGGUCUCACCCAACAGUGGAUGGUUCCCAUUAUUCAAAGUUCCAUGAAACCACUAGAGGACAUGGAUCUGUCCAGGAUGACUGAGAGACUUCUACGAUUAGCUGUCCCCAAUCACUUGCUGUGGCUGAUGUUUUUCUACGGCUUCUUCCACUCAUCCAUGAACUUCACUGCUGAGCUGCUGUGCUUUGGAGACCGACAGUUCUACAAUGAUUGGUGGAACUCUGAGACUGUGACACAUUUCUGGCAGAACUGGAACAUCCCGGUACACAAGUGGUGUAUUCGGCACUUUUACAAGCCGCUGCUUAGGAAGGGGUUUAGUAAAAUAGUCAGCCAAUCGGCUGUCUUCUUCCUGUCGGCUUUUUUCCAUGAGUACUUGGUCAGCGUUCCUCUCAGGAUGUUCAGACUUUGGGCCUUCAUGGGCAUGAUGGCGCAGCUUCCAUUAGCCUGGUUCGUUGGUCGCUUCUUGCACGGUAACUACGGUAACGCCGCGGUGUGGAUCUCUCUCAUCAUUGGUCAGCCAUUCGCCGUCCUGAUGUACGUCCACGACUAUUAUGUCCUGCAUCAUAUUCAGGAGGCUGACUGAUGUGCACACACAAACACACACUCGCUGUGUCAACAAUGUUUUUCACACUUCAUCUCACAUUUACUGUCUCUAACAAACAAACACACAAAGGUAACUCUUCGAUCCCGUCCAGAUAUCUUACUUUACGUGUCAGAAGGAACUGAUCACAGUGGGUUUACACUUUGUCUAUUGUAUCUCCUUUCUAUGUGAUGUUUACUCUUCCAUACAUUUGUUUCUUAAAGUUAGGAAAAGUAAGAACAACUCUUUACGGCAAAAUGUUGAAUCUUGAAAGAUCACUGUGAAGUAGGAAGUGAGGCCUCUCUUAUCCAGAUAUGCAGCCGUGCAGCUUUUACUCAGGUGAUUGUUCAUUCUGUGAUGGACAGCGUGUGAACUCCAUGGUGUUUAGCUGCCAUUCAGCUAUUUGAUCAAUUUAAUUUAUCAUGAUUUAUGUGCUUUUGUUUGUUAUUAUGGAGAGUUAUGAUUCACUGUGUUUCCUUUUCAAGCUGCUUAAUUUGCCUGUUUUUAAUGUGACUGGGACACUAAUAAUAAUUGUAUGAAUUUAUUGAAUGAUUAUUUUGUAUGAUGUUUUGCUUUGUCAGUUAUAAAUAGGCCAGCUCUCUGUGUGUCUGUUCGUCCAUUGCAAAAUUACAGCACACCUCUGUUUGUGCUGCACUUUUUUGUGGUGAUUUUGCAUGUUUUCUUUCGUCAUGCCGCUAUCUCAUUGAACUGUUGCCAAGUAAUGAUAUCUAAUCAUGCAUCUGAAUAAAAUUUCUGUGUCUGAAAAUAGUUCAAUUGAAGACCUGCUUUCCAGAACGUUAUUUGUUGCUAAUGUUUUUUCUUAAUGUGUGCUUCCAGAUAUUAUAAGUGACUUCUGAGGGUAAAACAUCAAGUUCAGUCUGACAUUUGUUGUAUGGUCCAGGAAACUUUAACCGUACUGUUGUUUCUCCGAAGAGUACAGUUCAAUCAGUUACAGGACAACACCCUUUUAACUUAUUUCACAUCAACAAUCUGCUGAACUACUUUUUAGAGGAGAGUCAAUAGGUUGAGAAGCGAAUCCCUGAUCCAGACACUGAACAGGUGAGACGGUUACACGUUAUUGAGUCGGCUUUUUCAAGCUGAGCUUCAGCAUAAACACUGUUUUGUGUCCAGUCAGGAAUGAACAUUACUAUUCCAUUCCUCCUUAACUUGUAUUAAUUUACUAAUCUACAGUCUAUUUUAAGGGAUCCGAACUUUGAAUAUUGUAUUAAUCUGUCUUUAUGCUAAAAGGAAAUUUCUCAGUCAGAUUCCCUUUUUUGUUCACAUGGUAAAUGAGCCUGACCUGUAAACGUGUGUCCAGACAAGCAUUUUUGAUUAAUUCAUUUUCUUGUUUCAGUCACAGACAUUUAACAAACCUUAAAUUACUUAAAUCAAUAGUUAGCUGUUGGAUUCAUCUUGAUGGAUAACCUACCUUGCUUAAUAUCUAACUUGAAGAAAUAAACAUAAUUUUAAGACUUUUCUAUUGGGAAUCUCAGCCAGGAGCACAGAGUUGUGUGUGCGUGAUCUUUCAUCCAGAAGCUGAACAGGAUGGGACUGUGAACCUGUAUUUUGUCAGAUUGACAGUGAAUUAAACACUAAGUCUGA